AUGGCUAUGGCUCGGGCGAGCUCGGGGCUCCAAUACCCCGAGCGGUUUUACGCGGCGGCCUCGUACGCUGGCUUUGACGGAUCUCCUCGUUCCUCCUCCAAAGCCGUCCGCUCCAAGUUCAACUCCGAGUCCGCUCUCAUACUCUAUGCUUUGUACCAGCAGGCUACAGUAGGGCCUUGCAACACACCUGAACCUAGUGCUUGGAAUGCUGUUGAGAAAAGCAAAUGGAGCAGCUGGAAGAAGCUUGCAGACAUGGCUUCCACUGAAGCAAUGCGUCUUUUUGUGAAAAUAUUAGAGGAAGAAGAUCCAGGUUGGUAUUCAAGAGCAUCAAACUUUGUUUCAGAUCCUGUGGUAGAUGUACAAAUGAAUCAAAGUUCAAAUGUUCACCCAGUUGUCGAGAAUGGGAACCCUUUCCCUGAGACCAAGACAAUCUCCACUGAAAAUGGGAGCAUAGUGGAAGCUCAGGAUAAAGAUGUUGUCUCUGAAGGCUUUGGUUCAAUUGGUGUUUAUGAUCAAUGGAUUGCACCUCCAAUAUCUGGCCUUCGUCCGAAAUCCCGAUAUGAGCAUGGAGCAGCAGUUAUUCAAGACAAGAUGUACAUAUAUGGUGGAAACCACAAUGGUCGCUACCUAAAUGAUCUCCAUGCCUUGGAUUUGAGGAGUUGGAGUUGGUCAAAGAUUGAGGCCAAAGCUGGGGCUGAGUCACUAGAGUCACCAUCUCCUGUAACAGUAACCGCACGUGCUGGUCAUUCCUUGAUAUCAUGGGAGAAUAAACUUAUUUCAAUUGCUGGACAUACAAAGGAUCCUUCUGAUUCUAUUGAGGUGAAGGCAUUUGAUCUACAUACUUGCACGUGGUCAUUCUUAAAGACUUAUGGAAAACCACCGGCAUCACGUGGGGGUCAAUCUGUGUCCCUUGUUGGAGGUGGCUUGGUAAUUUUUGGGGGACAAGAUGCAAAGAGAACUCUCUUGAAUGACCUGCAUAUUCUUGACCUAGAAACAAUGACCUGGGAUGAGAUUGAUGCCAUAGGGGUGCCCCCUUCUCCAAGGUCUGAUCACACUGCUGCUGUUCAUGCUGACCGCUACCUCCUUAUCUUUGGUGGGGGUUCCCAUGCCACUUGUUACAAUGAUCUGCAUGUCCUUGAUUUGCAAACUAUGGAAUGGUCAAGACCCACACAACAGGGUGAGAUACCAACUGCACGGGCUGGACAUGCAGGUGUAACAGUUGGGGAGAAUUGGUUCAUAGUUGGUGGUGGUGACAACAAGAGUGGGGCUUCAGAAACUGUUGUCCUAAAUAUGUCUACACUUGUUUGGUCUGUUGUAACUACUGUUGAAGGGCGCAUUCCUGUUGCUAGUGAGGGACUAAGUUUGGCCGUAGGUUCUUACAAUGGUGAAGAUGUACUUGUAUCAUUUGGAGGGUACAAUGGGCGUUACAACAAUGAGGUUAACGUUCUUAAACCAAGCCACAAGUCAACCUUGCAAUCAAAGAUGAUGGAAACUCCUGUGCCAGACAGUGUUUCUGCUGUGCUUAAUGCCACAAAUGGUACCAGAGAUGUGGAGUCUGAGUUUGAAGCAGGGCAAGAAGGAAAAAUUAGGGAAAUCGUUAUGGACAAUGUUGAGUCAGAUCUCAUGAAAGCAAGAGGCAAGAGUACCAAUGAACAUCUUAUAGCAACCCUCAAAGCAGAGAAAGAAGAAUUAGAAUCAUCACUAAGCAAGGAGAAAGUACAAACUCUCCAAUUAAAGCAAAAGUUAGCAGAAGCAGAGACUCGAAACACUGACCUGUACAAGGAGCUUCAAUCUGUACGUGGCCAACUUGCAUCUGAGCAGUCAAGAUGUUUCAAACUUGAGGUUGAACUUGCAGAACUUCGACAGAAGCUGCAAACAAUGGAGGCAUUGCAGAAAGAACUUGAACUCCUCCAGCGACAAAAGGCUGCAUCCGAACAAGCAGCUUUGAAUGCUAAAAGGCAGAGCUCAGGCGGCGUCUGGGGCUGGCUUGCUGGAACGCCUGGUAAUGAAAAAGCGGACGAUGCCUAA